AUGGAGAAUGGUCACGAUGGGAAAUUGGCCGAGAAAUUCUCGGGCUUGAGUAUUAACCAGCAUGAUCAACAACAAGUGCAUGAUCAAUCUAACCUCUCUUCUAACAACAAUGAUAACUUGUAUCAGGUCAUGAAGGCUGUUGAAGCUGCCGAAGCUACUAUCAAGCAACAGACAAAUGCCCUCUAUGCAGACACAUAUGUGGGCGAUGCAGCCAUAAGUGUGGUGGUUGUGUUGCAGUGGCGGACAUCCCAGAGAAUGCCGUCCUUUGCACUUAUAGUAGAAGAGAAUGACCGUCUUAAGUCUGAACUUCUGAGUAAAGUCAAGGAAUUGGAAAAAUAUAGGAAAAGAGAUUCAGUCGAUCAAAGAUCACAUUUGGUUGCUCCAUGGAAGGAUCAGGAUCACGGAUCUUAUGAAGCUCAUCAACCAGGACCAUCUUUAGCCAGAGGCAAUACAGGUGACCAUUCUGCCAAAAGUAAAAUAAAUGGAACAUUGAGAGUACAGCCAAACGACCAGUUGCCUGUGGAUAAUAUAGGCUACUCUCAGUUGUCUUCACCAUCUACAAGAUCAGUCUCUCCAAGCAGGCAUCUACUAGAAGGAGAUCAUGAUCCCAGAUUUAAUUCGCCUCCGCAAGGUUUGAUGCCUGUGGCUGAAGCAAAUAAUAAUAAUAAUAGCUUAUUGAAGCAGGAUCUGGCCAUUAAGAUUCAGGAACAUGAAGAGGAGAUCAUCCUAUUAAGGAAGCAUCUUGCAGAUUAUUCCGUAAAGGAAGCACAAAUACGCAAUGAAAAAUAUGUCUUGGAAAAACGCAUUGCAUAUAUGCGUCUGGCCUUUGAUCAGCAGCAACAUGACCUUGUAGAUGCUGCAUCAAAAGCUUUGUCAUACCGACAAGACAUUAUUGAAGAAAAUAUACGUCUUACAUAUGCAUUACAGGAUGCACAACAAGAAAGAUCAACAUUCGUUUCAUCUUUACUGCCUCUUCUUGCAGAAUACUCUCUGCAGCCUCCUGUUCCUGAUGCACAAUCAAUUGUUAGCAAUGUCAAGGUUUUGUUUAAACAUUUGCAGGAGAAACUUCUUCUCACCGAGUCAAAGCUAAAGGAGUCACAAUAUCAAUUGACGCCUUGGCGUUCGGAUAUGAACCAUGCUAAUGUUGCCACACAGUCUCACUCGACUGGUGCACCUUUGGCAACUUCUAAUAAAAACGGCCUUGAACUGGUACCCCAGAAUAUGUACUCUCAAGUAAAGUCUCAGGUCUCUGUUGAUACUCAGGCAGGCACUGAUUGGGAUCUAUUGGGUCACCACCAGAAUGGCUUUAGUGGUGGUGUGGCAACAAGUGUUGAUGCUGAUGAUUUGGGGAGAUUUUCACCACUUGCAAGCAGGAAUUCAUCAGCCCAUGAUGCAUCCACCACUCACAUGGUGGUUACUCAGGGUAAUACGCAUCCUGGACAUUAUGGAGAGGAAAUGACUAACAAACAGGUCAAAUUUCGCGAACCUGUGAGCAACAGUGAAGUUGAUGAUCCUGAUGGAGAUGGAACGCACAGUGAAAGAGAAAUAUCUGCUAACUGGAGUUCUGGCAAUGCCCCUUAUACAACCACUGUUGAUGAUCCCAGUUCCUCAUAUUCUCCUUAUUUACCACCAGUUCUUGAAGAACCUUCUUCUUCAUUUUCUGAGGCUGCAGAUGAAGAUCCAUUGCCGGCUAUAGAGGGCCUUCAAAUUUCAGGAGAAGCCUUUCCUGGAAGGGAACUUCAGGCAUGUGGAUACUCCAUCAAUGGCACUACAAGUUGUAAUUUUGAGUGGAUUCGGCAUUUGGAAGAUGGUUCUGUUAACUAUAUCGAUGGGGCGAAGCAACCAGCCUAUCUUGUCAAUGCUGAUGAUGUUGGUACAUUGCUUGCCAUUGAAGUCCAACCCCUGGAUAACAGGAAGCGCAAGGGAGAACCUGUGAAGGUUUUUGCCAAUGAUAGCAAAAAGAUCACUUGUGAUCCUGAAAUGCAGAGCCACAUAGAGAAGGCUUUUUAUAGUGGACAUGCUUCAUAUAGAGUUUCUCAUCCGACUGGAUAUCUUGAUAUAUGGGAACCAGCCACGUUAGCCAUUAAGAGGGAAGGUUACAGUAUCAAAUGCAGUGGACCAAAUGGAGUCGUAAUCACAGAAAAAUUUUCACCGUCCACCCAAGUUGCGAUUCCAUAUGGACAUGCUUCAGAAUUCAUUAUUAUUAGUUCCACUGGUGCUGAACACCUUUUAAAAGCAGAAAACAACUCCACAGAUGUCAGUUGUGCCAGAGACACAAUUGUGCUCACUUUGAGAUUAUUUAUUCUGAGGAAGCCUGGGGAGAAAAGGAGAGUAAAGAAGAAGGGGAUAUUCUUCUAA